UGUAUAUUAUUCAUGUUAUUACAACUAGCUCGUAUAAUGCUCCUUGGUAGCCGCUUGUGAAGAAGUAUUUGAACUUAACCUCGUCGUCAAUACUAUCUUACAUCCUUCUCUUCACUUGCAUUCUCCUCCAGAUUGUCUGCCAAUAAGUACUACUUAAACGGACCAGGCAUAGAUAAGGAAUUCAUAACAGUUUAUAAUCUGUCGCUUGCAUGCAGGAUUUGGAGAACAACUAUUUCUUGGACUCUGCCUUCUACUCGCCCAUCUUCCCCGGACUUCUACGAUAACUUUUCUUGAUUUUCAUCAUUAAUUGCCCUUUUCGUCGGUGUUUGAAGAAAAACAACAACCGAUUUCAAGAUGAUGGAUUCGGCGAUGGGGAAAGGUGCAGAUCAUGUGAAGCGGCCUAUGAAUGCCUUUAUGGUUUGGUCGCGGGGACAGAGAAGAAAACUUGCUCAGGAAAACCCUAAAAUGCACAACUCUGAGAUCAGCAAGAGGUUAGGAGCCGAAUGGAAGUUGCUUUCUGAGGAUGAUAAGCGGCCGUUUAUCGACGAGGCAAAAAGGCUAAGAGCACUACACAUGAAGGAGCAUCCUGACUAUAAGUACAGGCCACGUCGUAAACCCAAGUCGUUGAUGAAGAGAGACAAAUAUGCAUUCCCGAUCCCGUGCAUCCCAACGACGUCGCCAUACCCCGUGACGACAUCGACGGCCGACAUCAUGAAUAUGUCAUCCGCGGAAAAAGCACGUACAUACCUGUCAUCGCAUCAACAUCACGCCGCCGCAGCAGCGGCAGCAGCCAGCCAGUACUCGGUACUCGAACACGCUCAAAAACUGGAAUCCCCGACAUCGCUGAUUAGGGACUUUCCUCCUCACCCAGCGCUGUAUCCUCCACCCCAUAUGUACCCUACCUCGGCCGCAGCAGUCCCCGGCAGUGCGUUUGGAAAGUUACCCGGUGGUUCAGCAGCAGCGGCCGCAGCAGCAGCUGGUCUUCACUCGCAACCGUACAUGAUGCCCUACCCCGCCUGGCCCGGCCAAGACGGCGUUCAGCGACCGGUCGCCUACAUCCUCGUAAAACCCGACAUGGAGCCGUACGGCGCGACGCACCCAGCGAUCCGGCCGACGAUGCCCCUGCCAACGAGACCUACGGCGGCGACAGCUCUCUAAUGCCACUUAUGACUCUUUCAUGGAUCUGUGCUGCUCUGAUAAACUGUGUUGCCAGAAAAAAAACAACCAUGUUUAUAAACGAGACAUUUCGAGUAAAUGGUGCUUGUGUUUUAACCGGCAUACUUCAACAAGGCACAGAUGUACCGAACUUAAAACGAUCCGGUGGGAAACUUUUUUCUCUCUCAUCCGGUGAAACUUUUCCCUUUUCUUUUUCUCUUGUAAAACACAUAUUGUUCCAUUUGUAUCUUUUGGUGAUAUUUUGCACUAUCCUGUUAACGGAAAUUAAUAUUUUUGUUCGAUUUUGACGAAAUGAAGAAUCAUGGAGCUCUAUACAAAAACAGAAGCAACAGAGAAAUUAUUAAAUGAUUGCCUCGUAACUUUUUGUUGUGAAUUUUAAUACCUUAUGUUUUCCCGCCAUCAGCGUUUAAGCUUUAUUCAGUGUUGUGUUGUUGGACUGGCGUUUCUUAAUAUUUCUUUCAACAUGUCCCAGUCCUUUAUUGUUGAAGCUGAUAUAGUUACCGUAACGAAAUAAAAUUCCUUAACAUGCCCAACGUCACUCCGGUGUCACUCAAAGCUAAAGCUUUUUAUUUCAGACAGGUCAAUACAACUCUCCCCUAUCAAAAAUAAAAAUUAGAUGGUCCUAUUCCGAAUAAAAAUAAAAACCUGCAUCUUUGUGCUCCAUACCAUCCAAGGGGAUGAUUUUAUUUUUGUUUAAACUUUACAGAAAUUCUAACUUACGAUAUUUUGGUUGCAAUUAUUGUUUUAUCCAUGUUAAUGUCUUGUCGAUGCCAUUAUUCCUUUUAUUUUGCAGAGUGACAAGUUUUUAUAUCACAAGUUUCAAAUAUCAAUGAAUCGUUAAAACUACAUGGAAAAAAGGUAUGUCAAAAAGACUGUGCAAAUAUUCUUUAAAAAUAUUAUCUUUUCAUUCUCAAAACGGGUAUUCUGUUUAGCCAAUCGUAUAGUUUUAAAGUGUGUAAAAAAAAAGCGUCGACACGAGACUAUAUGGUGCUUUUUCUUUGAAACAAAUCAUUUAUUAUCCAUCUGCCCUGUUUUGUAUAUAAUGGGAAGCUUACUUAUUUCGGGCAAUGAACGAUUUUCUUUCAAAUUCUACAAUUUUGAACACGAGAAAUACUUUGUUAUAAAUUUUGACUGCAGGGGGUCUGUACCUGCUAAGUAUUCUCAUAAUAUAAUUGGUAUAUGGAAUAUGAUGUUAUACGAAUGUUGUGGUUGUAUAAAGGAACAAAAAAAGUUGCUGGUUUCUGUAAAGAUUCUAAUGAUUACAAAAUCAACCGAGAUAAUGAUGAUUACCGAGUUUUGAAAUUAUUCUCAACAGAACUUAGUCUACAUGCGUUUCCCCCAUAACCAUAAACGAUUCCGUUUUGAUUCUAAAGUAUAAAUAAUCGUAUGUGCAUUCUUAAGAAUGAGUGGUGUUGUGUCAUUAAAAAAAGUGCAUUUUUUGAAGGAGAUCAUUUUCUGAAAUUAUAUAUGCAGUAUAUAACUUCUGCAUUAUCGUCACGCAAAUUCGAGUUUGACUUGGAAUAUGGAAUCAUAUUUCUUUAGUUGCUUAUAUUUAUACGAUAUGGAACAUUAAUCCGAUUUCAUUUUACUCAUUAUUUACCUCAGAGAGAGAAUGAGAGACCAAUCGAGUCGUAUUCAUCUAACUUUUCAUAAUUUCCAAGUAUUGUAAACGACCUUGACAAUUUGUUGCGAGUGGCAACAUGUCAAAAUCUUUUCUCAACUCUAUUGAAUCAUUAUUUCUGUUUGAUAUCCUGGUUUUAUGACCAGUGCAGUACUAUGUUUGUGUACUAACUUUUUGUGAGAUAAGUAUAUCAUCUAGAGAUGCGGUAUACACUUCCAGAGUAUAUGUUUAUCCAUCAAAAUAAGUUGUUUAAAAUGUGAACAUACCAACUGCUUUAAAGUAAUGUCAACAUUUGUUUUGCAUACAUUUUUGUUUUGACCAAUUGGCCUCCUUGGUAGGUUUAUAUUUUAACCAACUUAUAGGUCAAAGUUCUGAGAGUGAAUAGUACCCGUGGAUUAAUCAACAGUUGGUAAAGGUUCAUCACUUAACCAGCUUCUUCGAGGUUAGUUAAUUCCUGAGAGCUUAUUACUCAUGGUACUCGUUGUCGGGGAAAGUGUACAGAUUGUAAAGUCUUUGUAAAAAAAAAGAAUAGUUUAUAUGGAUCGACGUUUUUGCUAUAAUAUACUUUGACGUUAACUUAAAAUGUUUCAGAACAUUUUAAUGAGGUGAAGAGCAUUAUAUUCUUUUAAUCCUAACAAAAUUAUUUCUAGAUUUUGACACGUCAAUGUUUGACGCAGUUUUACUCAGUAUUUUGUAACUAAUCCCCAUGGCCUGUCUAUUAAUAUAGCUGGUCUGGAAGAGGGCGAAUCAUUUCAUUGAUGUAUCUUUGCAAUUUACAGUCUAAUUUAUUAAUGCUGAAAUUAUUCAAUUUCCUGUUUUUCUUCAAGAAAAUCAGUUGGAAAAUCAUAAGGUUAAUUUUGCAUUUUGAAGGUAAUUAUUUUAUACUGCAAAGUAACUACUACGCACAUUAUCUAUUUUUCGUCAUGUAACUAUUAUGUUUUGGGGGCUUUGCCUGCAACAAACAGAUCGGUGGAGCAUCUUUAGAAAUCCAUCUUGGGUUUUGUUAUUCCUCUCUUUUUAUUUUUCAAGGCAUUGUUCUCUGAGUUGAAUAGAAAUAAGAAAGGGUCAUUCAGUACGUAUGAGGUUUCUUUAAAAAAAAGGUAAUACAACAAGUUACGCGAUUGGCGAAAAACCAUUGUCAUAUCCGAAAAGCGAAAAUGUUAGGAAUUUGUAGUGAGGUCUCAAUGAUCGUCGCGAUAAAUACAUUGUAUGCAGUUCUUUUGUCAUUUUUUUGAAUGGUGAUUAAAACACGGAAAACAGA